AUGCACCAUGCCGAGGCCCUAACCCAAGUAACCAAAGUCGAACAAGCCUCCGGAGAUACGAAGACCAGCUGCGGGCAGAGACGUCACUUCCUCUCCGGUUGCCCUGGAGCCUUUUGGAAGCUGAGAACGCGAGGAGUUUCUCUGCUCCUUUCCCCUUACAGAUGUUUGCUUCUGCUGGAGUGCAGUCUGACAGAGCGGCUUCGAGGCUCUGCAGCCAGGCCAGGGGCUUGUUGGUGCCGUGGAAUCCCUCAGGUAGCUGAGAAGCUCGUGGAAUCUUCUUACUGGAAACGGAAGACUACGCUAUCCCACUUAAUCCUCACAAGCACCUUGCCGGUAGAGGAAGAAGCUCUGGGCGUCCAAGGACCGGAGCCGGAAAACGAUGGGGCUUCCAAGAAUCACUUGCUGCGGUAUUUGGUCCCCCAGCCGGGGCGCUACCCAGGAGAAACACAGCGCAUGCCCUCUUUGGAAUCUGGUAUUUAUAUCUCGUUCUUACAGCGCAUCUCAACUUGCUACAUUCCAAGUGCUCAAAAGCAACGUAUGGCGAGGGGCUACCAAAACAGUUUUUUGAUCGACUUCAUCGGUCCAAUUCUGAAAAGAAGGCACUAAAAGUCUUCCAGUAGCUUGUAUGUUAGGGGCAGUUCUCCAUCCAUCUCUAAUACGUGUUGACCUUGUAUUGGUUGCUGUGUUGUGACUAUGUUUUCUCUGUAAAAUAUGUCCUGCAUCAAGGGACGUACCUCUCUGUACUGAUAGGUGCUUUUCAUCUCCCGUUGUGCUUUGCCUACUUGUAAGCAUUGUGUCACCUUCUUUCUGGUGUGCACGCUCCUUUUGCUCCAUCCUGCACCGCCUAGUAUCGCGAACCUUCCUUCUGUGGCUUCUCUCCACUCAACUGAGUCAGCGACUCUGAGUCGCUGCUUCUUUUUAUGGGCCUGUCUCUCCUUCCACGAACUGGCGUUUUCACCUUCAACUCUUUCUCCUGCCUCGAGGUAUCUGCUUAUUUAUGGGCUCUGCCGCCUUAUAACUUUGGCUCCUGCUGACCCCUUAGAACCCAGCCAACCUCCCCGCUCUGCCUCCGCAUCAUUUAUAUCCUACAUCGAACUCCCCACACUUGCCUGGAGCAAAUGUUAAAGAUACUGAUUCUCUGGUGCCCUUCCUUGGCCAUUCUAUUCUCAAGGUCAGAGCUUAACAAUCUGUAUUUUAGCAAUCACCUUCCAAGUGCUUCCUGUGACCCAGCAACUGGGGGGCUGUGCCCAUUCCCAAGUCACUUCCCUUCCACCAAAUGGAAUAGUCUUCCUGGCAUCAGGUAAAUCUGGCAGAAGAUCUGAGGGACCCCAAGGAGCAAAGAGGGGGUGAUCCCAUUGUGUUAGAUUGUUUCAGUGAGUUCCACCGCUCAGUGACUUAUCACAGAAGUUGACAGAUGUGUUUUUCCUGAUGAAAUCCCUCUCUGUACAGAUAUCCUUUCACUCACAGCCCGCCCAUCUCUGCUGAAGAGUUAGUUUGUUUUUGUUUUUUUAAAUUGUAAUGUUGGCUUCUUUACUUUUUUGGGUGGGAGGCAAUAAGGCUCUGUUUGCCAAAGAAAUGGAGGGAAAUGUUUCCAGUCCUCUUUAAUUGAAACAAUCUCCUAUGCAAACAACAAAAAAUUAAGCCAUGGAGGCGCCUCUGCAGAAUUGAGGGGUAAUGACCCCAGCUUAAGAUAGAAGGCGAUGAUCCGUUUCAUUGUCUAAAGCCGUAAGCAUCUGUCACGUGUGGAAGGUUCACUGCAAGAGCUGCCAGAGCGGGGAGAGGGGCUCUCUUCCUCCUUCCUGCCUUCUGCCAGUCCUCUAUUGCCUCUCUUUUGUCAGAGAGGGGAAAGGCCAAAAGUGGGUGGGGCAGCAAGAGUCAAGGGGCGUGUCCUGAGCAUGCCCUGACCCCACUCCAUUCUUUAGGAUUUUAAGACAUCCCUGCCAAGCCCAGGCCCCCGCCUCCGACUCCUGUGGGCAUGGCCCACUCAGCAGCUCUCCCUCCAGGAGGGCUGAGUGUGUGUGGCAUGAAGCCACCUCCAUCACUUCUGAGUGAGGAUGCUUAGAAUGUAGAGAGCUUGGCACAGAGGGAGAGAGAAGAGGGAGAGAGUGUGGGCUGAAGGGACGGCUGGUCACCUCCUCAAGGAUGUGUUCCUACAGGUACCCACUUGCCCACCAGCAUCUGCAACCCCUCUCUCAUCUUGUGUAAAUAAAGUUUUAUUAGAACACAGCA